AUGAAAUUGCUUACUAAUUCCCUGACUCCACCAUUAACUGUGAUUUUAUUAUAUUUCUAGGCUAAUCCUAAAGCAGAACAACACUGGAUCCAUGUCAGCUCAGAUGGCUGCAGGUUAGCUCUGAUAUGGAAAUAUGGAGGUAUUUAUUUGGAUACUGAUGUCAUCUCAAUCAGACAAAUACCAAAUAAAAACUUUCUGGCUGCUCAGUCCUCACAGUAUUCUAGCAAUGGUGUAUUUGGCCUUUCAAUCGGUCACAAUUUCUCUUGGAAAAGUAUGAAAAAUUUUGUUCAGAACUAUAAUGGAGCAAUAUGGGGACAUCAAGGGCCUGAUCUGUUCACACGAGUUCUGAAAGAAUUCUGUACAAUACCUACAUUUAAGUCCAUGGAGGAUGUUAUGUGUGGAAACAUCUCAUUCUUAAACCCACAACGUUUUUACCCUAUACCAUAUCCAUCAUGGAGGCUUUAUUACUCUGUUUGGGAAAAAUUGCCAACAUUCAAUGACUCUCAUGCUUUGCACUUGUGGAACUAUAUGAAUAAGGAAAAAAGAACUGUGAUUCCUGGAAGUAAUACUUUAGUGGAUCAUCUUUACCAGCAGUACUGCCCAAACACCUAUGAAUCUGUUAAACAAAACUAUAAUAAUACUAAUUAGAUACUA